UCCACGUCUGAACGAUCGCUACACGGUCUAGUGUACAGUUAGUCGCCGGUCUGAACUGCCCGAGCUAACGUACUUUUCGGCUUUUGCAGAUCUUGCGCUAAAGUAUUCUGCAAUGGAGGAUAAGACAGGUAUCAAACAACUCAAGCAGCCUUUAAUAUUGCCCGAGUGUCAAGGCGUUGUAGAUCCUAAAAUUCAAAUCCUUCCAUCGAAGUCUACGAAAUCUCAAGCAUCAUCGAAUGCCAUUGACGAUGAAUUCGUACAGGACUGCGAUAGCGAGAUGCGAAAUGAACAAGCCAACUCCCACCAUCCGCCUGGCGGCCAAGAGGGGCGGACGCAUAAAGAGUACGAGUACAGUCCCGUACCCGCAAGUGAUUCGCAGACCGCCAACGGUUCGGACACCCUUCAAGAAACCCAAUUUUUUUCUCCCGCCGACGAUAUCGAUCAUCACGUCCGUCGCCACCUCCACGAAGACCCCGAGAUGACGGAAAAAGGUUCAAGGUUACUCCAGUACCUCGGUUCCUUCGCGGGGAAUUGCGGUGCCGUGGCAACCGGGGCCGCAAUGGGCUGGACCAGCCCCGUCUUACCCAUGCUUAAGGAAUCCCCAACGAAUGCUAACAACCCUUUUGGCCGGGCAAUUACCAGUGAAGAAGGAUCUUGGAUAGGUUCUUUGGUUGCAAUGGGUGCUGCAUUCGGUGGUUUUGGUGCUGGGUUCGUCAUUGAAAAAUAUGGUCGAAAAACUGCCCUUCUUGCCAGCGUAAUCCCAUUCGUUAUUGGAUGGAUACUGACAGGGACCGCCGCUUACGUCGUGCAACUUUACAUAGCACGAAUUUUCUUCGGGUUUGCAGCGGGACUUUGCUUCACAGCACUCCCCAUGUAUGUCGGUGAAAUUGCUGAGACGCCGAUCAGAGGAGCGCUUGGGUCUCUCUUCCAAAUGUUCAUUACUGCGGGUCUCUUAUACUCCUAUGCUAUCGGACCCUACGUAUCAUACACGGUUUUAUGGAUCGCCUGUAUCUGCGUACCCCUCGUCUUUUUUGCAUUGUUUCUCACUUUACCCGAGAGUCCGUAUUACUACCUAAGCAAAGGACGCAAAGAUGAUGCUAUCAAGUCUGUCGCAAGACUGAGAGGAAAAUCUGCAGCUGGCGUCCAAAAAGAAGUUGAUGAGAUGCAGGUCGUCGUAGAAGAAGCGUACAGGAAUGAAAGUUCCUAUGCCGCCUUGUUCACAGUAAAAGCUAACUUCAAAGCGCUGUUGUUGACUUGUGCGCUAGUGUUCUUCCAACAAUUCAGUGGAAUCAACGUAGUUUUGUUCUACACCGGAGAUAUAUUCAACGCCGCAGGAGGCAACUUGUCCAGCGAUAUUGCCACCAUCAUUGUUGGUGGCGUGAUGCUCGCUGCUUCUUUUAUCACUCCUCUUGUCGUUGAGAGACUCGGCAGGAAAUUGCUUCUUAUUGCUUCGUCGAUCGGUCAAACAGUAUCGAUGGGCACUCUUGGUCUCUACUUUUAUCUACAACAUAUUAACAGUGAUCUGACUGCUAUAUCUUGGUUACCUGUGGUAUCGUUGGUCGUCUUCAUAGCAACGUACAGCUUCGGCUGGGGUCCUCUCGCAUGGGCUGUGAUGGGUGAACUUUUCGCUUCAGAUGUGAGAUCCAAGGCCUCAAGUUUAACCGUGGUAUUCUGCUGGAUUUUAGCAUUUUGUAUAACGAAAUUUUACUCGAACAUCGAGGUUAGCCUGGGUAAUUAUACUGCAUUUUGGAUCUUCGCCGUAAUUAGUUUCGGCGGCGUCUUCUUCGUAUACUUUUUGCUACCCGAAACCAAGGGCAAGUCACUCCAACAAAUUCAAGACGAGCUAAAUGGAAUAAAACAUAGAAAUAUUAUUCCAACUAGUAGUUCCAGCCCUACCAAACAAUGAGUAAAAACUUUGCUGUUCGUUACGAAUACUGCAGUAGCCUGUGAUACGAGUCAAACAUUCCUUAUAAUUAAAAUGUGUUUAAUUUCACACAUUUUCCCUAGCUAUGGGUGUAGUCUGGUAUAUGUAUGUACGUGUCACGGCAAAUGAUAUAGAUCCAGUAUCAAAUGGUAAUGUUGAGAUCUAAGACCUUUCUACUACCGUGUACGCAUAGAGUUCUAAGCUUUUAGCUUUUGUUCUUUACAAAACGACAAUAAUGAUUCGAAUAAUAAUACUCGGUCUCACAAUCAACCGACGACGAACUAGUAAUCACCUUUCAUAAGACUUGGAUAUAAGAAUUUUUUCACAUUAAUAGGAAUGCAAUAAAUCAAAAAUUCAACUGCUUCACUACAAUUUUCCUGUCACUUUUCUAUAUAUUCUUGCGGAAUUAACAAACGUUUAAUGCGAAUAUUGUUUUACCGACAAUAACUUGAGAGAUGAAGCUAGAAAGUUUAGCAAGAAAAAAUCAGCUUAGAAAAAGGUUGAAAUUAAACAAAAAACACACAAACAGAAUGGUAAAGUCUGUUUAUUUUAUAAAAUCUGUACAAAAAUUCAACAAACGUGCGAAACAUGAUGUCAGAAGUGCCCUGCUUGACAUGGAAGAACGUAUAUACAUAUUUAUACAUACCUACAUACGUACUUAAAACGUUGAGAAAUUAUACGGGUAAAAAUGGUACGUAAUAUGCUAGUUCAGCCGAAUUUAAUUAUUUAUACACACAUAAACAGUUCGCUGUUGUUUAUUUGUGUAUUUAGUUAAACACCACUGUACAUAGGUAUCGCAUGUGACAUGUAACAUCGUAUGCGGCACACUUAUCAGUUAUCUGCAGCUUAGUCAAUACAUGAAGAGCUUUCACAGAUAUGGAGUAAACAUUUAAAAAAUUACCAUAGACGUGACGGAUAUAAAUUAUGUUCGUAAUAUAAUUUUUUAGUUUUUGAAAGCUUAGGAGCAUACAACAACGCAUUACUUUUAGCAAAGGAACAAAGUUGUAUUCAGUUGCCAUUCUACUCAUAUGAUAUUAUCAUUCAUUAACUAUUAGCUAUUUCCUAUCAUCAUGAUGUACAACGAAGUACUUCAAGUCUAUUAUCCAAUAUUGUACAUCGCAUCAAUGUAUUAUGUGUAUAUAAGUAAUAUAUAUAAUACAGCAUAAUAUAAUAUGUGUUUGAUGAUACUUAUAGCGUAUCGCUUGUAACGCAAAUACAGAAUUUAGAAUAAUAUGUAGUGACUUAUAACUUAGCCUACGUACUAUAACGUGACGCCAUGUAAAAAUGUAUAUAUUUACAUUCAUAUUGCGAAUACAAUCGCCUCCGCAAAUCUUGUUGUUACAUCAAAUAAGAUACUUGUGAUAAUAUUUUGUAUAAAUAAUGAACUUCAAUAAUUAAAUACAUUGUACAUGAAAAUGA